AUGCCGGAUUCUUCUUCUUCAAACACCCACCUAAAUAAAGCUCUGGGUUAUGAGCGCCUAGUGUCUGGAGCAGGGUCCCAACCCCAAGCGCUGGAAGCUGCAAUUGCCGCGGCUGAGAACUACAUGAAAGCGCUGAAAAUAGCCGAAUCGCCCCGGGAAAAGCAAUGGCUGGAUUCAAAAUGUAAAGACUGGCUGUCUCGUGCGGAGAGGAUCAAACAUGACAAGGGUUGGAAACCGUCUAGCUCUACGACCGAGAACAUUGUGCUUAGAGAGCCGGUGUCUAAGAGGAAACUCUCGACGAGAGAGGAAAUUAUUAUCUUGGAGAGUGCGAAAUUGAACGGGUUCCUGUUUCCACCUUGGACUGAAGCUCCCGGCCCUCAGGAAUUCGAAUUGAAUAGCGAUGGAGAGAAGUUCGAGGACAAGGCUCUCAGGCUCUCUAUUGCUCAGAGAAAGGUCUUCAAUGGGUGGAAACGCCCCGAAGAGCUCGUCACUGAUUUUGCUUCUGAUGAAUCAAGGAGUACUGCGACAAAGGACCUCGUACAAGAUAUUACCACAGACUGCUCUGUGGUAGCAAGUCUUUGUGCAGCGACCGCCAGAACAGAACGCGGCAAUAACAGCCUAUUUCGAUCUGUGAUAUUCCCAUAUGACUACACCAGGAAUCUUCCACGGAUUUCGCAAUCCGGCAAAUACAUGUUCAGAUUUUAUUUCAACGGUUGCUACAGAAAAGUAGUUAUUGACGAUCGACUCCCCUCGUCCAAAACGGCACGAUCUCUUUUUGUGAUUGACCGAAACAACUCGGACGAACUGUGGCCGGCUUUCGUUGAAAAGGCGUACCUAAAACUCCGCGGCGGCUAUGACUUUCCAGGAAGCAACUCCGGUACGGAUUUGUGGGUUCUCACUGGCUGGAUCCCGGAGCAAAUAUUCCUGCAUCACGAAGAUGUAGCGCCGGACCAACUCUGGAGACGAAUUCUCGGCGCUUUUCGAUACGGGGAUGUCAUCUUGACGUUGGGCACGGGAGAAUUGAAUGAACGUGAAGAGCGCCUUCAGCGUCUUAUUAGCCGGCAUGACUAUGCAGUUCUUGAUCUGAACGAAACAGAUGGGUAUCGCCAACUGCUCAUAAAGAACCCCUGGGCUGACUCCAGCUCUGUGACUCCGCAUAACUAUGGUCGAAGCAGUAAUAAUGGAAACAGCAGAGGUAAUUGCAGCCAGCCCCAGUCAUCCAGCCAUCCUCUUUUACCUGGUUCUUUCUGGAUGGAUUACGAUCAAAUCUUUCAGAAUUUCGACAACAUGUACCUCAACUGGAACCCAGGCCUCUUUACAACACGGCAAGAUAUUCACUUUACGUGGGAUUUGGCGAAAUCUCAUCUAGAUGAACACUGUUUUGCCGACAGCCCCCAAUUCUCGGUCUCAACGGUGGCCGGAGGUCCCGUCUGGCUGCUUCUCAGCAAGCAUUUCCGAAGCAUAAAUACGAAUGCGAAUGCGAACAAUACCGAGUCGGGCUUCAUCAGCCUUUACGUGUUAAAGAAAGACGGACGACGCGUGUUCAUCAGCGACAACGCUUAUUACCGCGGGCCCUUUGUAGAUUCCCCCAAUACGCUGGCCAGAAUCGAUAUGGAGGCGAACUCGACAUAUACAGUCGUUGUAGCUGAACAGUCACUACCAUUGACAGCACAGAACUUUACGCUUUCUGCCUUUUCCAGGAAUGAAGUCACACUUAGACCUGCCGUGGACAAAUUCGUACAUACUCGUCAAGUCGAAGGGGAAUGGAGGAGUCCUAUUACCGCAGGCGGGAAUACGGAAUCACCCAGAUACCCGUCUAAUCCACAGUAUGCUCUGCAGGUGACGGACACGGCGGAUGUAUUGAUACUACUGGAAACAUCGAAUGCAGACCUGGCCAUUCACACAAAGCUAUUCUGGUCCGAUGGCAAGCGCGUCUCUACGGUGAAGAAGCGUGACAUUAUCGCGGAUAGCGGGCAUUAUCGCCCUGGGUGCGUUGUGGCUGAGACAGAGCAGCUACGCGCCGGUUCAUACACCGUGGUAUGCUCCACGUUUCUUCCCGACCAAGUUGCAAAGUUCAAUCUUUGGGUUUUCGCAACACGGAAAUGCCAUGUGAAAGCGCUCCCGUCCGAGACCGCAGGCAGACUGGCCGUCAUCUCCGAUGUUGGCAUGCUACUUCCCGGCACGGAUCGGAUUCUGGCGCCACUGAAAGUGUCGCGUCUCACGAGGCUGAAAUUGAUUGCGCGUAGUCGGAAUUCUAGCAUUGGCACUCGCCACGUCACUGCUUCCCCGAUGCUUAUGACUGUUGAACUUGGGCAAGGGCCGUACAAGGAGAUUCUGGCGUCGUCUGAUGAGAAUGGGGAAUAUAGCGAUGCGAUUGCGGGGAUUAGAGUGCCUGAUUUCGAUGCGCGGCCGGAGUAUGUAGCGAAUGGGGGCAUUUGGAUUGUUAUCGAACGGAUUGCGGGAGCUGGUGGGCAGGUCACUGACUGCGUGGACGUCGAAGCUCUCGGCGAGGAACGAGUUGAAAUUGGGGAGUGGAUCACUUAG